AUGUCUUCUCCCUAUCCUCUUUCUUCAGACGCUGGUCGUCUGCCCAUUCUCACCAAGGCCGGACUUCGAUUGCUGGCCGCUCGCUACAUCAGCGGCGAGUUUGAAGCACGUUCCUGGGGUAAAACCCAGCUGUUAGACGAUUUCUGGGGCGAGGAGCCCACCGACGCCAUCAUCACUCCAUUGGCGACGACGUUCGCCCCCCUCCUCGCGCAACUCAUUUGCGCAAUCAGCGCUGGAGGGCCCACGCCGGCGUGGGUCCUCCGCGUUGUGCUGACGCCAGAAUUCCUCUGGCUGGGCCUCCAUCAGACUUCAUUCAGUCUGAUGGAGGUCGGCAAUAUCUCACCGGCCGACAUUUGUCGGGUUUCCCCGCUUAUCACCGCGGGUGUAAUCACAACAGGCCUCUCAUACGAUGAGAGCUGGGUCGCCCAAGGCGCUGCAAUGGAGCAGCACCUUCGGGUUGACCCACCGGUCAUAUACAACAUUGCCGUGGGGACGGGAGACCCUAACGACAUCAACAUGGACCGCCCAUGGACGCCGGUCACACCGACCUUCCCUGAUCCACUUACGGCUCCGCAAAUAAUUACUUUGCCGCCUAUCAUCACCCUUCCACCUCCCCCCACGAAGCCAAAGAGAGGCUGGCAGGAUGGAAACCCCGGAGAGGCGGGGAUCGAGACCGAGGAGAGGUCGAUGGAGAUGACUGGCGCCAAACUCGGCUGGGUGAAUGCAGAAUACAAGGAGUACGAGACCAGCUCGUGGAGACCCUCCGACGGUGGGACAUCGAAUCCUCCGAAGCGUAACUCGUAUCGGGAGACGAGAUGA